AUGACCAACCGAACCCGCGACUACGGUGACCUCCGCGUGACCCUCACCACCUCUCUCCAAUGGGUCUGGGACAACAACAAAUACGGUUCCUCCCGUAGCUGCUGCCUCUGGAAUCCCCAACCACAAGGCUCCCUCUACCCCCUCGGCUCCGUGUGCGUCGGAAAACGCAACUACUCCGCCACCAACUGGCGCGCCGUGCUACUCGUGGGAAAUGAUCCCAACGCAACGAGUGCGCGCCCCGCGGUUGCGAGACCUACGGAUUAUGAGCGCAAUCCUAUAUGGACCCAGCUUUCGAUUUUUGUCGCAUGUGACGAUGUCGCCAUCAACAGUCUCAAUAAGCCAAGCACCAAUAUGAUAUGGUGUUUGCGGGCCGAUUUGAAUAGAGCGGAUGCUUAUAGCGGAAGCGAUUUGUGGGAUGAUCGAGGUUCGGGUCGUCCGACCGAUAUUUCCAUCUGGAGUGUUAUUCCAGAUACUGUUGGAAUUACUGGUUCUGAGAACAUCCCCAUCUUCGCCGAUACAUUCCGCGCCAAUAUGAGCUACUCCCUCCCCAACCUCAGUCUCGCCUACGUACCCCAACUUACCCUCCGCAAAGCAUACGCAUCAUUCGAGGCCGCCGUGCCCAACAUAACACCCACCACCAUUCCCAACGUUGGAGACAAAUAUAGUCUCCUCGAGCAAGCCAGCGUCAGUCUUCCUUUCACCGCCUACUUCAAUCCCGAAGGCACACGCAGCAUCCAAGGCAUCCGCAACCCCUUCGUCCAAGUCUCUCGACUCGCAGCCUACGUUGUCGAAGGCGUGUGGGAAAACAAGUCGUCUAGUACCUACACCCGCGAACAACGCAUCAAAUACGGUGUUUCCAAAACCCAAACACAAGAAAUGACGCACAGCGUCGGUAUCGAAGUAUCUGCGUCUGGCGGCUUCAAACUCGCCGAGUGGAGCAUCACACUCAACUACUAA